UGCAUCACAAUGGAGGAAAUGAAUUUAUCGGAAGCAAUUGAGCUAAACUCUCUCACGCUCUCUCUUCUUUUCCAAUUUCAUCAACAAGUAAGAUGGCUGUAGACCCUUCAGAGCUUAGGUAUUUAGAGGAUGAUGACACUCCAACAAUGAAAACAAUCAAGGGUGCAACUACUGGUUUUGUUGCUGGAACUAUCUGGGGGACUGUUGUUGCUACAUGGUAUGAUGUGCCUCGUGUUGAGAGAAGUGUUGCCAUACCAGGGCUUGUAAGAACACUAAAGAUGAUGGGAAAUUAUGGAAUGACAUUUGCUGCAAUUGGGGGAGUCUAUAUUGGUGUUGAGCAGCUGUUGCAGAAUUAUAGGAUGAAGAGAGACUUUGUCAAUGGGGCUGUUGGUGGUUUUGUUGCUGGGGCUUCCAUUCUCGGUUUCAAAGGGAGAAGCAUCUCAACGGCUAUUUCUGCUGGAUCGGCACUGGCAUUUACAUCUGCAGUGAUUGAUGCUGGAGGUCAGACUACAAGACUGGACACAGGCAAGGAGUAUUACCCAUACACCACCAAGAAAAGACCUGUUGAGUCAUAAAUCUUGCACUUCAUUGUAGGGAAAGCAUUUCCAACUAAGUUUGAGAUAAUCGAUCCUGUUUGAUGAACUGGACGUCUUUGUUUUUGAAGAUAUAGUCAUAUCCUCGGACUCGGUUUCCCUUUUUGGCCGUUUCACUUUUAGAAAGAGGGAUGUUGAUUUGAAUAAAAAUGCGUUGUUAUUUAUCAAAACCAUGGUAUAGAUGACAAUUUCCGAACCUAUUGAUUCCAGGAUGCUUGAUUAAUGCUGUUG